UGUAAAACGCAAGCUUGCUCAGCAUAAACAUAACGUCGCGAAAGAAUUUCCAUCGUUUCUAGAAAAUUCAAAUGUAUAGGUAUAUACAUGGUGUGGUUAAUGUGUGAUCAAGUGUUGAAAAUCGCGAUCGAAAGUAACCCCAUCCGAUGUCAAAACGAAACGAUUUCUACGAACGUGAACCAUUAAAAAGUGAUACGCGUGUAAAACCGGUGCGUGCACUCGGGAAACAACGAUACCUGAUUAACACCGAUAUUUAACGUGUUUAACUCGACGCGAGAGUGAGGAACGCCAUUGGCCGGAAUCCGCGAGCUUUUAACAGUCGUAUCAAAGUCACGAGUCCUCAGUUCGCGCACAGCCGCUAGAGCGGGAGGACGUGUGGCAGUGUUCGUUCCGCAUUGCUGUGAGAGUCUCAGAGAAAAAGUUGGGCCUGAGUGGAUUAACAUAGUUGUACCGGCGGCGGACGUGUCUCGAAAGUACAUUCAGGCCUUAUCCAUCGGCUGAUAAAUGAAUACGCACCAUGACACCCCGUGAAUACCUUAUUGUAGCGUUAACGAUUGUACUCGGAAUCCACGCAAUUAACGCGAACGCCAGGUCGUGGGAUUUAGCGGUGGUGAUCGGGAACAGCGUCGAGUUUUUUUUUCGGAACAAGACGCUGGCUGGACAAAUUCAAAUAAAGGAGGCUGAAUCGUUGACUGGGGUAGCGUACGAUGAUACCACGAACACGUUGUUCUUCUCCGACACGCGCAGCAAUUAUUCCGUGUUCAGUAUCAACCUAAAGGAGAAGAAUGACACGGCGAAGCCACUAGUCACGAAACAAGAGAACAACCACAUCGUAGGACUCGCUUUCGACGCGAAGACGCGAAACCUCUUUUGGAGCGACGGGGUGAAAAGUGCGAUCAUGAGAAUGCACGUGCCAUUGGAUGGACCACCGGAAAAGCCCGCCCUCCUCCACGAUUUAAAGGGAAGCAGCGCGCGGGGCAUCGCUCUGGAUCUAUGUAACAGUCGCAUAUACUGGGUAAAUAGUAAUAAAGGGAAUCAGUGCAUAGAGCGCUCGAAUUUAGACGGAACCGAGAGAACUUCCGUUAUUAAAAAAGAUAUGCUGUACGAGCCACUAGCAGUGGCUAUAGAUCAUGCCGAAAGGAAGCUCUACUGGACCGACGACAUCGAGGGUGAACGAAGUGCGAUCGAGCGCACCAAUCUCGACGGUAGAAAUAACCAGACGGUGAUACGCAUUAAACGCCAUCAACCUGUCUAUUUGGCCAUAGACCGCGACACGUUGUAUUGGUCCGAUCGGGUCCAUAAAAGGAUUUGGUCGUUGCCGAAAAACGCGGAACCUGAGGAGUCGCCAGUGGAGUUCAGGCCGUAUCGUUUGUAUCCCCACUUCGCUGAACUGAAUGGGAUUAUCACACGGGAUAACACGGAGCAGAUUGAUUGCGAGAGAUACGAGCGGAUUAUGAAUUACGCGAACGCGACGUUAGCCCCGGAGGCACUGCCGUCGCUGAACAAUUUACCUACCGGUACCGAGGAAUCGGAAAUGGUCACCGAGAAAUCACAAUACUGCCUCAAUGAUGGAAUCAUGGACGACACUGACGAGAUCUGCCGCUGCAAGCCAGGGUUCACUGGUGCACAUUGUGAAAUAAACCUUUGCCACAAUUACUGCCUUCAAGGUAGUUGCAGUAUAAACACUGAUAAUUUACCCACGUGUAAAUGCAGUGGUACAUUUAUUGGACCAAGAUGUGCAACAGACCCCUGCAUAAACUAUUGUUUGCACGGUGGUCAAUGUUCCGUCCAAAACGAAAAACCAGUUUGUAAAUGUAAAUAUUCAGAAGGAUCUCGCUGUGAAAAUCCCAGUAAUGUGACAAAAACAUGUGAGACCAUUUGUGCAAAAACUGAAAUAGUUCCUAUGAACCAUAGUGUAAUUAAUUGCAGGUGUGAUAAAACGAAUGAAACAAGUGCACAAAUGAUCAUGACUAAUGGAGAACGUUAUGAAUACACCAUAAUAGGAUUAACUUUUGCUGUACUUACUAUUGUACUUAUGCUUGUAAUAAUUGCACUUAGUUACUAUGUGAACACACUACGAAAACGGCCACGUAUUAGGAAACGUUUUGUGGUGAGCAAGGGUGGUAUAACACCACUUACCUCGAGGCCACAAAUACCAGACAAUCAAUGUGAAAUAACCAUAGAGAACUGCUGCAACAUGAAUAUUUGUGAAACUCCAUGUUUCGAACCAAAGUUACGUACUGCUGUGGCGGGAAGUAACGAUAAUAAGAAAGAAGAGAAGAAUUCUUUACUUGAUAAUAUGGAAGGGAAUUCGUGGUAGCAUAAACUAGUAAUUCAACGUGUUAAUUGGGGAAGAUUUUGCGGAUUUCGUGUGAUGUUCGUAGAAACUUUAGCCUCAUAAAAAAGCACGUUUGUACAUAAUACAGCAUACCGUAGUAUUGUUAAAUUUAGUGAUCAUUUGUGCAAAAAGUACGGAGACAUCGUAAGAACGAUACAGUCAACAAACAAAAGCCAAAGGUCUUCUUUCAGACUCUUAAUUAUGUCAUAUGAUAUGUACUAUGUUGAUAUACGGAUUAUUUCAAAUAGCUUUUCAAAAGAUAUCAAUGCUUUCUUUUUAAGAUGUAUGAUCAUUAUAUGUCUUUCAUAAUGGAACCAGAAAAAUUAAGUUCUGCAUUUUUGAGGAGAUGGAUAAGUAAUAGGUGUGUAAUCAAACAUAGAGAAUUUACAUAUAUUAUACAUACCCUUUGGAAAUUCUCUUAACUGUUUUCUUAUACAACUCUUACUUGUAAAUGUUUCAAAAAUAAUGAAAUGUAUUUUAAAACAAAGUACACCAAAAAUGAAAACUGAUUGCAAUAGAAGGACAUACAAAAGCUGCCUUAAUUGCUAGACUUCUAAUAAUUGCUCAACGUACCAUUGAGUACAUUCCUAAAAAGUUAUAGAUUACAAGAUUAUAACUAACAUUAUUGUGUUCGUACAAAAAAUUGGUGAUUUUCAAUCAACAUUUAUCGAGCUUAAUAAUUCACAUAGCAAACUGUGAAUCGUUAUAUUGCCACAGAGAUAAACUUUUCUUUUACUAAUUUUCUUAUUUUAUUGAGUACAUUUGCAUUUGUUCUUGUACUUUAUCGUAUAUUAGAUCAAAUACUAUAUUGUACAAAAUUUAAUAUGCCUAUACAAUUUCACCUUACAAAUAUCACCUUAAAUACCUUAUGUACAUUAAGAUCGUAAAAGCGUUGUUUGGGCAGACUUGAAAAAUUGGCCUUCAUAUUCAACUUAACAUAAGUAAUAUUGUUUACAAAGGAACUGCAGCUAUUUGUAUAAAUCUUGUACAGCGUUAUUUUAUAUAUUCGUACAGGAGCGUAUACGCUCAAGUUGAAGCAACAAUGCAGCACUCGAAUAUAGAAAAUAUUCAUCGCGACUUGUGAAAAUCCAUAGUACACGUAAAUUGUAAACUUCUGAAAAUCAGGAGUUUACAACUCGAAAUAAUAAUAAGGUCAUUUACACAUAUAUUAUGAACACUCAUACAUUUAGGAAGUACAAUGCAUACAACGAAAUUUGUUGCAGACUGGACGAUUCCUAGUAAACUUUUAAUUUGCUGGGUAGAAUACAAAUAAUAGUACAUUUAAGUGAAAACAGCCUCUGUAGAACAAUAAUGGAUGAAUUUUAUUUCAAAACGAUCAUAUUAUAUUUUGUUGCAUAACUACUUCCAAUACUUAUGUAUCAAACUGUUCUUUCUACUGCUCUCUUUAUGUUUAAAAUAGGUAAUCGUUCAUUAUUAACAAGUGGCUGAUUAAUAACAUCCAACUACUUAAAACGUAAACCUAAAUUUGUACCAAAGUCAUGUGUAAAAUUAUUAACAUUAGCCAUAGUAUAAUUGUUGUUCAUUUAAAAUUAUUAUUUCAGAAUAGUCUUACAGAAUAAAUUUAUACAUCAUCUUAUAUUAAUGGUAAAAACGUGUCGUUACUGCGAUAAGUGAAAGAAGCAGCAAAUAAAUAAGAGAUGAAACAAGUUGUAGUUUUAAUAGCGAAUAUGGUGCAAUGCCGUGGCGCAGCUACAUGCAGCUAUAUACUUAAUAUUGGAUACAAGAUACUAUGUUUCUUUCACAGUACAAACAAUUCAUUAUUUCAUAAAAGGUAGAAAUAAUGAACUGAUCAUUGAUUUCAUUGUCUUUCGUUCUUAAUACGUUAGGUCGAUGAAAUAACGUUCCUGUUGUCUAAAAGGCGAAGCAAGUUAAGUACAUGACGAUUAUACUUUGUUCCUGUGUAAAGGAAAAAAUUAUUUAGAAACGUUAUUGACCUUUACGACAUAGCGAUCUUUGCUUUUAGACUUUAGUACACAAUUUUAUAUAUAAGAUGUUUGUAUGAUUUGUUAAAUUCCUUAAUACAUAUGUUCAAAUAGAAUGAUACAUGUGAUGCAUGUUGAACAUUAUAUUCGGAAUGUAAGCAUUUCGCGAACACUCAUCCCCAGAGGUGGGAUAGUGGCUUUAUUAGUGAAAUAUUUACAUUCCCUGAUAGCAAGGAGUUAGUGGAUAGUUCACAAGCAAAAUACUGAUUUAUGUACUUUGUUAUUUUUCUUGUGUUUGUACUUAAUAAAAAGUUAAAUCUAAAAUUUAAAUUAUUUUAUUAUCUUAAUAAUAAUAUGUAUUUCGUAAAUAUACCAAAAUUACUAAAUUUUUAAACGUCUUUUUUUAUGACUAUUUCUAGCUUUUGAAAAUAAGAUGUAUUUUAACGAUGCAUCAAAAGUACUGAACAUCUGAAAUGUUUUGUAUCAUUCUAUUACAAUCAAGAAAUUGAACAUCAUUGUAUACAAAUGAAAAUAAAAUUAAUUAAUUAACAGGACUCAUUUUA